AUGAGCGCUUACUGGCACGAAGGGACGACCGACCCGCUCGAGCAUUUCCACCCAUCGAUCAGCGCUGGACCUUUGGACGCUUCCGACCUCGAUGACGUCGACUUUUCGUCGGAGUUUGACGUCGUAGAGCGCGUCACGGACGCUGACAUUUACGAACCUGAACCCUCUCCGUUCUUUACAGUCUACAGUCCUCCUGCCGCCUCCUCUUCAGCUCCUGCUCCAUCCAAGGUACCGGAAUCUCGCUCGAUAUCGCAACGGAUGCUGCACUUGUUGCAGCGACAUCGUGGAAAAAAGAGCCGCGCAGCUGCUGCUUCGCUCUCGCCAUUGCCAUUGGGAGCUUUGGAGCGGAGCGUCGAGGACUCGAUAUUGGACUCACGGUGCUCUCCCGUGAACAACAAGAUGCCACGGUCGAGCACGGACAGAGUGGCGGAAGCUGAUCUGCUGUCUUCCCGCUCGGGGACCUCGUGCACGGACCGACUGGAAGCGAGGAUUUCCCAGAGUUUUCUCAUCAGACGCGAGAGCCAGUUUAAACUUUUGGACAUGGAAGACAGUCAGGACGUGUCGCUGCUGUACUCGGGAAGGAGGACGUAUCCGGCUGAAUCCGUGACGCAAUUGGAUCACGCAAGACGGUCUAAUCCUGACUGGAGUUCCCAUCCGGUUUCGUCUCCGGAGACCAAAAUGAUGAAAGUGCUGGAAAAAGAACGCGCUUCGAGGAUGUUUAGUGCUCCUUCACAGUCGAAUCCGACGCUUUCUACACGUGCUAAGAAAGACAAUGGCGUUAGAUUUCACUUUCGAAGGGGAGCUCCAGUGGAUAAGAACGACAUGUUGGACGGCCGAAUGGGGACCUUGGUUCUUAACGGCGAUCGAGUACACGCUGAGGUUGAGACAGCGUUGGUGAAAGCGCAAUCAGUGAAGCGUGUGACGGACGUGGAGUACACGACGCUAGCUUCGCAACUUGCAGACAUUGAGUCAUUCGUAGAUGGCAUGGAGAGGUGCAUCGGGACACCGUCGUUUUUGGCGCUCUCUGCAAAUGUGCUGAACGAGAUGAAACUGCUUAUGGAGACGACCCAGCAGAUUCGUGCAAGCGGAACGACGCUGAUUUUGGCACACGUGGGCAACCACCAGAACGUGGACUUUGCGCAGGCUCUUCGACGCCUGGUAGCGAGAGCAGCGUCGGUUCAGAAGCGCAUUAGUAUGCUCCUGGAUGCUAGUUAUGGCGUCAAGCGCUAG